AUGUUUCCCCUCCCGUCACACGUGCCACUCUGCGGCGGCUCCUGCACGUUGCCCUCCGCCGGCGAGAAGAGCGACUCGGGGCCCGUCGCAGCGUUCUGCGGCCCGUGGCGCGCCAUUUUUCGUGACCCGUGGCCGUGGCUGCCGUUGGGGCCCCCGCUGCUGCACCGGUGCGCCGUGUUGCUGGCGUCGAUCUCGAGGCACUCUGUGUCCCCGGAGUCGGUGGCGUCGUCGUUGGUCACAAUGUUGAAGAGAGGCGUGGCGCUCGCGGUGUCGUCAGGGCUCUCGAGCCGCACCCGCAGCUUCCGCUCGUCGCGCAGCACUUCGACGAUGACGCCACGCACCCACUGCAGCUUCACCUGCACGCGGCACCGCAUCCCUUUGAGGUCGUCGGUGAACAUGAAGUCCCGCACCUUCGUCCACGCCGGGUCCUUCCACCAGCUGUCCCAGAAGAUAAACGACACAUAG